AUGGGCCGCUCUGCUUUUUGCUUCUUUCUACUGUGCCUCUGCCUCCAUCAUCGGAGCGUCACGGCGCAAGCUGAAGCAUGCAGGACAGUGGUGCAGGCAGACGUCGUGUUUCUGGUGGACGAGUCAUGGAGUGUGGGCCAGAGCAGCUUCUCCAGGAUCAAAGAUUUUAUCUCAGCGAUGGUGUCUUCCUUCAAGAGCAGUGUGACAGGAGCAGAGGGCGUCCGCUUCGGAGUCACUGUCUUUGGGGAUGUCCCCAGGAUGCGGAUUGCUUUGACGGACUACAGCUCUCUGGAAGAGGUGCUAGGAGCCAUCAGAAACCUUCCCUAUGAGGGCGGCGCCAGGAAGAUGGGCGUCGCCCUCCAGUUUCUCGUAGACCAUGUUUUCAGCGCCGCCAUCAGUCGAGACCAUGCACCCAAGGUAGUUGUUUUGAUCACAAACGGACCCUCGGACGACCCGAUUGACACCGCAGCUCGAGAAGUGUCCGACAACGGGAUUUCGCUGUAUGCUGUCGGUGUGCAGGGAGCUCACAUAUCAGAGCUGAGAAGCUUGGUGUCUCAGCCCUACGAGGAGCACCUCUUGACCUGUGCUGACUUCCCGCUCUUGGAGACCGUGCUUCCUAAACUGUCCCGCAGGGUGUGUUUCACCGCCUCUGAGCCGCCGCGGCCUGUUAAAACACUCCCGCCUGUCAAAGAGCCCAUCAUGGGUCCCAGAGAUUUACAGGUCAGCGAGCUAGCCUAUGGGUCAGUUCGACUUACAUGGACGCCCGCCACAGGGGACGUCACAGGGUAUAGACUCCUGGUGGUACCUCUCAGCGCCAGAGGACAUCUUGUCCAAUCACAGCAAAGACUGAUUGACCUGAAGGCAGAUGUGACAACAACCAUGGUGACGGAGCUGAGCCCAGAAACCCGUCAUUCCCUAACUGUGUACGCCGUGUAUCCCGGCCUCAUUGGAGAGUCUGUAACAACCACAGCACUGACAACACCAUUGCCCCAGGUGUUAAAUUUCCGUGUUAUUGAAGAAGGCCUCUUCUCGCUCCGUCUGGGCUGGACACCUCCUCUGGGAAAGCUCAAGGGAUUCAAGAUCUUCAUCCCAAGAUCCAACCGACCAGGAUUUGCCUACGAGCAGCUGCUUCCGGGAGACGCUUCCUCUCACGUGAUCGACAGCCUGGAGGAGGACAGGAAGUACACCAUCAGUAUUUAUGUGGUUUACCCUCAGGGACCGAGUGAACCUGUUUCCAUUGUAGGAAAGACUUUAAAGCUGAUUGCAGUUCAGGAGCUCUUGGUCCAGAACGCUACCACUGACACUGUCCAAGCCAGGUGGACAUCAGUUAAAGGCGCCACAGGGUACCGUCUUACCUGGGCCUCGCCAGAUGGCCACAUAGAGAAUAUUAACCUUAGGGACACCUUUAGCUUCUACAUGAUCCAGGGCCUCCAUGCGGGCACUGAGUACACCAUGACCAUGAAUCCUAUCUUUGGAGACAUAGAGGGGCCGGUUACGUCCACACAAGUCAAGACAUUGGAAAACAGUGCAAUGCAAACGUUGAAGGUAUCAGCUGUUAGCACCAACUCUGCUGUCAUCACGUGGAACAGUGUGCCAGGGGCCACAGGGUACCGCCUGGCUUGGGGUCCCACCCCAGAGUUUGACGGGCGGGACCGUCCCAAGCAGUUGGCUCUGAAUGGCACCACCGCAGAGUACCAACUGAGAAAUCUCGCCCAUGACACUGAGUACGCCCUGACUCUAUAUGUGCUCUUUGGAUCUGUGGUCGGGCCUGGGAUCACUGCUACCCUCCGAACAUCACCUCUCGGUUACGUGUCCAACUUUGAGGUGACGUCGUUCACCGGGACCUCCGUUGAUGUGCAGUGGAGUCCAAUAGUGGGCGCUACAGAGUACAAACUCUCUUGGAACACUGACCAGGGCAGUCCCCAGUCACGCUACUUGGACUACAGUGUUCUUGUCUAUCACAUCCGGGACUUGAACCCCCAGUCCAUCUACACAAUCACAGUCCGGGCAUUAUAUGGCAACACGGAAGGACCAGAAAGUUUCUUAACUCAACUCACAGCAGCUGGCAUGGAGUCAGAACCUCUUCAAGCAGUGAAAGAGGUUAAGGUUGUGGACACUGGAGUCAACUCUGUUACCUUAUCCUGGAGGACAACAGCUGGUGCAUCGGGAUAUAAAAUCUCCUGGAUUCACUUCAUGGGAGGGGAAGAAAAGUCCCGCCUUGUACCCGUUGGUGUUACAAGCUUCACAAUUAAAAAUCUACAUGAAGGUUCGACUUAUAAGAUUCAAGUGUCCUCCAUAGCAGGCAGCCGGGAGGGAAGUUCUGUUCUGGUCACAGCACGCACUUUGGAGCUUCCAAAAGUGAAUGGUUUCACGACAAUGAACACGACAGACAGUAGCACAGUUCUGAGUUGGACUCGUGCGGCAGGUGCCUCUGGGUACCUUCUUAGCUGGAGACACAUCUCAGUGUUUGAAACUAAAAAAGAGGUGCUGGGUCCUGGUUUCACCUCCUUUAAAAUCAGUGAUCUCCUAUAUGCCAGAACGUAUAUUUUCUCCAUUAGGCCUUUGUAUGGGCAAGUGGAGGGGCCAACCAGCACUGUUUACCAGCGAAUUGUGGGACUACAUCCUCCAACAUCCCAGCCAGCAACAGCUGCUCCUCACGUCACUACCAACACCACAGUACCUCAGAUGGCCACUCGGGGCGCUGAGCACCCUUUUGUUGUGCCACCAAUUAAACCCAACACCACCAAGAAGACCCCAAGUCAUCACAAUACCUUUGAAACUGAAGCAACUGUCGUCACCUCCCCCCAGUAUACUGCACCUAGCACAGAGACCACAACACAACCUAAACCAGCUUGCAGCAAGAGAAAAGUAGACAUGGUGUUCCUGGUGGAUGAGUCGUCCAGCAUCGGUGCAAACAACUUCAACAAGAUAAAGGAAUUUAUCUUCCGGGUGGCAUCCUACUUCCCUGUCAUUGGGCCUCAAGGCGCACAGAUAGCUGUGGUCCAUUUCAGCGAUGAGCCUAGAAUUGAAUUCCGACUCAAUGAUUACAAAGACCAAAACGCUGUGCAGAGGGCGCUCAGAGGGCUACGCUAUAAAGGGGGCAACACCAGAACAGGAAAAGGCAUCAGCUACGUCCUGCAGGAACUCUUUCAAGAGUCUCUUGGCAUGAGGCAGGAUGUUGCCCAUGUUCUGGUUCUGAUAACAGAUGGAAGGGCCCAGGAUGAUGUGGUGCCACCUUCGAGAAUUGCCCGAUCUCUGGGUGUCAGCGUGCUGGCGGUGGGUGUCGCCAAUGCCGACCGGCAGGAGUUGAGUAGAAUCGCGGCCCCCAGCCGCUACAAGAACAUUUUUUACGCUCCCACCUUCGAUGACUUUCCUUACAUAGAGACAGAGUUUCUUGGGAGUGUCUGCAGCGAUGAACUCCUCUCUGAGUUCAAACUACAUGAAGAUGAGAAACUGACUCAGCUGGACACGCCCACUGAUGACCCAGACGAGCUGGCUAAACCUCGGCCUCCUUGCUCCGCCCAAUGUGUCAAGGGACAGAAAGGAGAAAAGGGAAGCGGUUCUGGUCUUGGAGGUCUGAAAUUUAGGCAAAGUCCCGGACAAUAUGAUCCGUUUACCUCCUCCAAGGGAGAGCAGGGAGAAAAGGGGCCUUCUGGAACAGAUGGCAUUCCCGGCUUGCCUGGACGGCCUGGAAGAAGUGGACUCCCAGGUUCUGGCGGCCAGCGGGGACCCCCUGGUGUGACAGGCGAUAAGGGUGCUCCUGGUCUUACUGGUCCAAAGGGCCAGAGAGGAGAGCGAGGAGAACCUGGUUAUGUGAUAGCAGGCCCGGAUGUAAACUUGAUCCCGGGGCGAAAAGGGGAACCUGGAUCCUCAGGUCCUCAGGGGCCCCCUGGUAUACCAGGCUUCAUUGGAGUCCCAGGACUGCCUGGCCCAGCAGGACCAGCAGGAAUAUCUGUCAAGGGGGAUACUGGAGAACCAGGAGAAAAGGGUUUACGCGGGACGCCGGGUGAAAAGGGCGAAGCAGGAGAAGAUGGUUUCGCAGGCUUGCCCGGUCCUGUGGGCAUUGAUGGCGCACCGGGUCAAAAAGGCGAGAAGGGUGUGGAUGGCGUGGGCAUUCAUGGUGCUGUGGGUCCUCACGGAGAACCAGGAGAGAAGGGAAAUGUGGGUGUCGCAGGACCAGUUGGUGCAAAGGGUGAACUUGGGGAACAAGGCAUCCAAGGAGCCAUUGGACCUCGGGGAAAAAAGGGUUUCAAAGGGGAGCAAGGUGACAAGGGGGGACAAGGAGCGAGAGGACCCAUUGGACCGCAAGGACCCACAGGGCCAACAGGACCAGUUGGGUUAAAGGGAGAUGAAGGUCCCAGAGGAGCCCCCGGAGACCCCGCCAAGGGUAUUAUUGGACCCGCUGGAAAAAAGGGCGUUCGGGGAGACGUCGGUCCAGGCGGUCCUUCAGGUCCUCAGGGAAUAAAGGGUGGACAAGGAGACAAAGGAGAAAAGGGAAAUCCAGGUUUUGGGAUACCAGGGCAGAGUGGAACAAAGGGAGAGAACGGGGAGAGAGGAAAUGUGGGUUUAUCUGGAAAACCAGGACCAAAGGGACAGGACGGCUUUAAAGGUGACAAGGGUGAUAUUGGGUCACUGGGAAAUCCUGGACAACCAGGAUUAAGAGGUAAAGAUGGGGAACAUGGACGUAAAGGAGAACAAGGGAUUAAGGGGGAACAAGGACCACACGGACAACCUGGUGACAGAGGAAUUAGGGGACCACUGGGAUUACCAGGACAACCAGGAGACCGAGGAGAAAAGGGUGAUACUGGGAAUGCUGGUAUAACUGGGCGUGAUGGACAGAAAGGCGAGCCGGGAAAACCUGGACCUCCGGGAACACAAGCAACUGGAGACAAUAUUCUGACGCGAGUGAUUCAGGGCGAGCCGGGACAUCCAGGUUUAAGAGGAGAAAUAGGCCUACCUGGACCAAGGGGUCCAGAGGGUAAACCCGGACUCCCAGGAUCCUCUCUGGGUAGUUCAGGAAGAGAUGGACUUGACGGUUCACCAGGAGAACCAGGCAUGAAGGGUCAAACGGGAGAGACUGGUGUGAAAGGAGAAAGAGGGGAGCAGGGUCGUAUUGGAAUUGCAGGAAUGCCUGGAUUACCAGGAACUCCAGGAAGAGCUGGCAUUGAUGGGAAGCGAGGACUGCCGGGAAAAGAUGGAGAGAGAGGACUAAAAGGAGAAGAAGGCAAACAGGGCGACAAAGGGGGCACAGGCUCAAAUGGAAAAGAUGGCAGUAAAGGAGAGCCAGGAGCACCUGGGUUGCCUGGGAAGCAGAUGCUCGUCACUGCAGAGGGCGCCACCGUCGACGAAAUCCGACAAGCCUUUCCCAUCCCCAUGGGUCGUCCAGGGGCCACUGGCUCUCCCGGAACGAAGGGGGAUAAAGGAGAAGGAGGCACAAAAGGAGAAAAGGGUGAUGCUGGAAACCCUGGAAAAUCACUUGAGAUGAAGGAUAUCGAAGUAAUGUUUGAAGCCUAUGGCAUCAAGCUGCCUUUGCUAAAGCUUUUGAUCGAGAGGCUGCUACAAGGCGGCAUGGACGAGCUCCUUCACGCACUUGGAGGCUCCAGGCAAACCAAGACAACCACAGAAUCGCAAACGUCCAACGCCGUCACAGAGUACACAAGUUCCGUGAAGUCUGACCUUUCCGGUCAGCCUCUGGUGGAACUGCACACCAUGAAGGGUUUUGAGUUGGAACGUCCUACAAAGGAUUCCUGGAAUGAUACUGUAGAGGCUCCAACAAUAUGGACCAUGGAGCCGCCCAAAGAACAGGCGGAGGCGCGUAAUGCAACACUAAAGACGAUGAAUCAAACGCUGUUACUCAACGAACCAGGAAGUGUCGUCCCUGUUCAGGUGGACUCCGGGAGGAAAAGCAAAGGACACAAGAGACGGGGAAAGGGCAAAGGAAAUAAAAGACGACAUAAGAGGCAGAGACAUCGCCCGACAAGCGAAGAGCCGGAACAGGAGGAAGAGGACUUUUACGAUGGCGAAGAUUACGACCAAGAGGAGGAGGGUGAAGGGUCACGGCCAACUCCUCCGCUCAGCACACAGGGAGCAGACAAGGUACCUGCAUCCCAAUUGAGGGUGAAGAGGAGCCCACCCUGGCCUGACUCCAUGACAGAUUUAAGAAUCAACACAAGAGGAGGGAGGCGGCGACACGUUGACAUGGAGGAGGAAGAGCGUCCAGUUGAAGAUGAUUAUAAAGGAGUGGGCCCUGGGCCUGAUGAGGAGGAAGAGGAGGAGGAGGUGUCAAGUGGGGACUGGGGUACACAGGAGGAACAUGUAGACCGAGAGGGGGAUGAAGAGGAGGGUGACUUGGAGAGACAGGACCAGUGGGAGAGGAGGAAUGGGGAGGAAGAUCUUGGACAUCCUUACCCCCCUGAGUAUUCACACCUGAAGGGGCAUCCUGGGGAGGAUGGAACACAAGGUCCAAAGGGGGACAUUGGCGAAAAGGGGCAAAAGGGAGAGCCAGGCAUCGGCCACCGAGGGCCUGAGGGCCAAGCUGGUCUGCCCGGCAACAAGGGGGAACCAGGGGAGAUGGGGCUGCCUGGGGCUCAGGGCAUCCAGGGCAUCCGCGGUAGCCCCGGGAUUCAGGGUCUCCCGGGCAUUAAAGGCCCACCAGGGGACCCCGGAGAGCCAGGCAGAGAAGGGGAGCGAGGCAGACGGGGGAAAAACGGGGUGCCGGGAGCCCCUGGACUUACAGGAGCAGUAGGACCUGAUGGGCCUCCUGGCAUGACUGGGGUAAAAGGAGAAAAGGGUGACAGUGUUAUUGGAGAGCCAGGACCUCAGGGUUUGGCUGGCUUCCCUGGAAAAAAGGGUGGCUCGGGCUCCCCAGGUGUGUCGGGUGCUCCAGGAAACAUAGGUGCUAAGGGCAUGAGCGGCUACAAAGGUGCAAAGGGAGAAAGCGGCUUGCCAGGAGUCAGAGGAGAGCGGGGGAGUGCGCUUCAAAUACAAGGACCUCGUGGGUUCAAAGGGGCCAAAGGAGACGCGGGUGAAAGAGGCUCUGCGGGUUUUGAUGGCGAUAAAGGAGAGAAGGGCGAGGAUGGGCCCCCUGGAGUCAAGGGCUUGAAGGGGGAUGCUGGUAUUAAGGGCAUGAUGGGACGUUUUGGACCUCGAGGACCAGUCGGCCAGAAGGGAGACCCAGGAGAAGCAGGCAUCAAUGGAGUCAUGGGUCACAGCGGAGGCAAUGGAGUGAAUGGGACCAAAGGGGACAAAGGAGACACAGGGCUGCAGGGCCUGAGGGGUCAUCAGGGGGAUGCAGGAGACGUAGGAUCACCAGGAGAUAAAGGCGUGAAGGGAGAGAAGGGAUUCCGGGGCUUCCCAGGACGAACUGGGAGUCCUGGCAGAAAUGGGGACAAGGGGGAUGGAGGGACACCUGGCACCCCCGGCAUACCUGGCCUGAAUGGACUGCCUGGACGGAAGGGCGACAAAGGCAACGCCGGUAUCGACGGCAUUACUGGUGACCCAGGAGAAAAAGGAGUAAAGGGUGCCACAGGUUUCCCAGGCUUCCCUGGGUUCAAAGGGUCACCAGGCAAACCAGGAAAGGACGGCAGCCGAGGACCACCAGGAACCCCUGGGCUCCAUGGGUUGGCAGGACCAAAGGGCGUGAGAGGUCGGAGAGGCAAAGUGCAGCCGUGUGAAAAAGGAGCGACCGGCUUGCCAGGACUGAGAGGACAGAGUGGAAUGCUGGGGAGUGGAGGUGUGAAGGGGGAGAAGGGAGAGCCUGGCCUCUCAGCUCAUGAAGUGAAGAACAUAGUCACUCAGGAGGUGGUGCACAAGUGUGGUUUAGACUACAAGUUCAUGGUCCGGUCAGUUGACCCCGAUGGAAGAACCGCAGACAGUGACCACCUUAACGAAGACGAAGACGACGUCGGGGAAGAGGAGGACAAGAUGGACGUUCUGCUCUCAUCAAACAGCACUGAUCCCGUUAAAGGCGCCGCCUUCAGGACGAAAAGACGGGUUUUUGGAUCGCGGGCCUCUGGGUGGGAUCGCUGCCUGGAGCUCAUGAGCGAAGGCGCCUGCUCCGACUUCGCCCUCCUCUGGUACUUCCACGCCCACUCUGGCGAGUGCCGCCCCUUCGUGUACAGCGGCUGCGGCGGAAACAGCAACCGCUUCGCCUCCAGGCUGGAGUGUCACAGCUGGUGUGUGGCGGGCAGGUGGAGGCCGGGGGGAGAAGGGGAGAUAAUGGCGCCUCUCGACAAACAAAACAGGGCGGCCGACCUUUAAUAACGGGUCUAAUUGCAUUGUCACAGAUGGCGAGGCCUAGACAUGAGACAGGACACAAAACUGUACAGGAUUCUUAUUUAUACCAAUAUUGGCUGUAGAAAAAUCAUUAAAUGUGUCGACUUUA